CAAACCUACCGUCGGUGGCUCUGAUCCCUUAACCUAAAUUGGGACCUCCCAUGCGGCCAUACCUUUGGUGGCCGAUAAUAAAACCAGUGCCAUCUGGGCAGGCAAUUAAAGCCCGUGCUGUCUGGAUCACCCUGGACCGGGCUAUGCCAAUCGCAUUCCCCACCAAAACCGGCGUUCCUGCGUAUGCCAUGAUAUCCUCUACCAUAUACAAUUCCGUCCUUAUCUCUCUACAUCCUAUAACAAAUUCCCAACUUUGUGCCAGCCAUGCCGCCAGUGGGUUCCAUUAUUUAGGAUUCAUAAUAUAUUCUCCUACCGUAUCCUACUUCCCCCGCAAUUCAAAGAAUCUACUAUCGACCAAAUCCUCCACGUUUCAGUCCAUCGUUUCUUGCUUCAAUUGGCUUCUCGUCUGACCGGCGCCUAAGAGAAAUAGCGUAGGAGGGAAAGAUACAGCGGAGAGAAAUAAAAGAGAGAUCGGUCAAGUCUUCAGCUGCAUCUAGAGGUUCACAUCGCUGGGCAAGAGAUUCCUGUAUGAUACCAAGAUCUUUUGGGUAGGUCGCAACCUACUUGUCAACAUCCCUCCCACUUGUAUUAUUGGAGUUCUGGGAGGGGAAAAGAGCUCAGGGAAGCAUAGGUUGGUCUCGUCUUUUACCCCUAACCAUCUCCUGUGCUUCAAAGGAAGCAUCCUUCUAGUGGUCAUAUAGAGAUGGUUUGGGGAAAAGAUGGGGCCAAUGGCUCCACAAGGAGCGAUGUCGAAUCCUCCACGGACACCGGACAUGCUCGCCUCCACGAGCUUGGUUACAAGCAGGAGCUCAAACGCGAUCUCUCGGUGUUGUCCAACUUCGCCUUCUCAUUUUCGAUCAUAUCGGUGCUCACUGGUAUCACCACCCUUUACAACACCGGUCUCAAGUACGGAGGGCCUGUGACCAUGACAUUCGGGUGGUUUAUCGCUGGGUUCUUUACAAUGAUCGUCGGCCUUUCAAUGGCGGAAAUCUGCUCAUCAUACCCAACAUCUGGUGGUCUGUACUACUGGAGUGCUAAGCUCUCGGGGAAGAACUGGGCACCCUUUGCUUCCUGGUUGACUGGCUGGUUUAACAUUGUUGGACAGUGGGCUGUCACUACUAGUAUAGAUUUCUCACUAGCACAACUAUUGCAAGUAAUUAUCCUACUUAGCACUGGUGGAAACAAUGGAGGAGGAUACCUGGCUUCCAAAUAUGUGGUCAUUGGGUUUCAUGGGGGAAUUCUGCUGAUUCAUGCCAUAAUAAACAGUCUGUCAAUUACCUGGUUAUCUUUUUUUGGACAGCUUGCAGCUAUCUGGAAUGUCUUAGGUGUAUUUGUCCUUAUGAUCCUUAUACCAACUGUUACUACCAAGAGGGCCAGCACAGAUUUUGUGUUUACUCAUUUCAACACUGAAAAUGAUGCUGGAAUCCACAGCAAGCUAUACAUUUUUGUUUUGGGACUCUUGAUGAGUCAAUACACAUUGACAGGAUAUGAUGCAUCUGCUCAUAUGACAGAGGAAACUAAAAAUGCAGAUAAGAAUGGACCCAAAGGAAUAAUCAGUGCCAUCGGUGUAUCAAUUAUUGUAGGCUGGGGUUAUCUGCUUGGUAUCACAUUUGCAGUUAACAACAUUCCAUAUCUUUUGAGCACAGACAAUGAUGCUGGAGGGUAUGCAAUUGCAGAAGUUUUCUACCUUGCCUUUAAGAGUAGAUAUGGCAGUGGUGUAGGUGGCAUCAUUUGCUUGGGAAUUGUUGCUGUAGCUAUAUUUUUUUGUGGUAUGAGCUCAGUGACAAGCAACUCUAGGAUGGCAUAUGCAUUCUCGAGAGAUGGAGCAAUGCCGCUAUCGUCAUUGUGGCAUAAAGUGAACAAGCAAGAAGUGCCAUUAAAUGCAGUUUGGCUCUCAGCAUUUGUAUCUUUCUGUAUGGCUUUGACGUCUCUUGGAAGUUUAGUGGCAUUCCAGGCUAUGGUGUCAAUAGCUACAAUUGGACUCUACAUCGCUUAUGCUUUGCCCAUCUUCUUCCGGGUGACCCUGGCACGUAAAACUUUUGUUCCAGGCCCCUUCAACCUUGGCCGGUAUGGGAUACUAGUGGGUUGGGUUGCUGUCCUCUGGGUUGCAACAAUCACUGUACUAUUUUCGCUUCCUGUUGCUUAUCCCGUAACAAAGGAUACUCUGAAUUACACUCCAGUUGCUGUGGGUGGCCUAUUCAUCCUCACAGUGUCAUCAUGGAUUCUGAGUGCAAGACACUGGUUCAAAGGCCCCAUAACAAAUAUAGACACUUGAAUAGAGAAGAGGUGUAAUUAUGUAUUUGUGAAGCACAUGAAUGAAGAAUUAAUUGCUUAAAUUGUCUC